AUGGCCGAAUUCGAAGAAACCUACGAAGAAGAGUUUUACGAUGAGGUGGAUGAGGGAAUCACCUCGGAAGAUUGCUGGACGGUGAUCUCUUCGUUUUUCGACACAAAGGGUCUCGUAUCCCAACAGCUUGAUUCAUUCGAUGAAUUUAUCUCUUCAACCAUGCAGGAGCUUGUUGAGGAGCAAGGACAAGUUGUGCUCGAUCAGACCCUCCCACCCGCCGAAGAUGAAGAUGACCCAAUUGUUGUCCGCCGUUACGAGCUUAAAUUCGGCACCGUCAUGCUUUCGCGACCAUCCGUCACUGAAGGCGAUGGCUCCACAACCAUCAUGUUACCGCAAGAAGCCCGUCUACGAAACCUUACCUACGCCAGUCCGCUGUACCUCGGAGUCACAAAGACAGUCAUGGAGGGACGAGAGCGUCUCGUUGCUGACCGUGAUGAUGAUGAAAUUGGCGGAACCGAGGAAGAGCGCAAGGCUCGAGGCACAUAUCUGGAGUGGAGCCCGAGAGAUGCUUCGGAUGGUUUCGUGAAGGAAGAGACAGUGUUCAUCGGCAAGAUGCCUAUCAUGCUCAAAUCCAAGUACUGUAUCUUGAAGGACCUGAACGAACAGUCCCUCUACGCCUGGAACGAGUGUCCUUACGACUCCGGUGGUUACUUCAUCAUCAACGGAAGUGAAAAGGUUCUUAUCGCCCAAGAGCGCAGUGCCGGAAAUAUCGUCCAAGUCUUUAAGAAGGCACCACCGAGCCCUACACCUUACGUCGCGGAAAUUCGCAGUGCUGUUGAAAAGGGCUCCCGACUUCUGUCUCAGCUUGCGCUGAAGCUUUUCGCAAAGGGUGACAGUGCCAAGGGUGGCUUUGGCCCUACAAUUCGAUCGACUCUGCCGUACGUCAAGGCCGACAUUCCUAUUGUCGUUGUUUUCCGAGCUUUGGGUGUUGUCUCCGAUGAGGAUAUCCUGAAUCACAUCUGCUACGACCGCAAUGAUAUCCCUAUGCUGGAGAUGUUGAAGCCUUGUAUUGAGGAGGGUUUCGUUAUCCAGGACCGAGAAGUCGCUCUUGACUUUAUUGCCAAGCGUGGUUCGUCUCAGUCAAAUCUUAAUCACGAGCGACGUGUCCGUUAUGCCAGAGAAAUCAUGCAGAAGGAGUUGUUGCCUCACAUCUCGCAGAGUGAAGGCAGUGAAACUCGCAAGGCGUUCUUCCUGGGUUACAUGGUGCACCGUUUGCUGCAAUGUGCGCUUGGUCGUCGCGAUGUUGAUGAUCGUGAUCACUUCGGAAAGAAGCGUCUGGACUUGGCUGGUCCACUUCUGGCCAACCUUUUCCGUGUUCUGUUUACUCGCGUCACCCGUGACCUCCAACGUUAUGUACAGCGCUGUGUUGAGACCGAGCGCGAAAUGUACCUCAACAUGGGUAUCAAGGCUGCCACUCUCACUGGUGGUUUGAAGUAUGCUCUGGCGACAGGAAACUGGGGAGAGCAAAAGAAGGCGGCAAGUGCCAAGGCUGGAGUCUCCCAAGUGCUCAGUCGAUACACCUUUGCCUCCUCACUAUCCCAUUUGCGACGUACCAAUACCCCCAUUGGACGAGAUGGUAAGAUCGCCAAACCUCGUCAGCUUCAUAACACUCACUGGGGUCUGGUGUGUCCUGCCGAAACACCCGAAGGACAGGCUUGCGGUCUUGUCAAGAACUUGGCACUCAUGUGCUAUAUCACUGUCGGAACACCCAGUGAGCCGAUCAUUGAUUUCAUGAUUCAGCGUAAUAUGGAAGUCCUCGAAGAAUUUGAGCCCCAAGUCACGCCCAAUGCUACCAAGGUGUUUGUCAACGGUGUGUGGGUUGGUAUCCACCGGGACCCUUCACAUCUUGUCACCACUAUGCAGUCUCUUCGACGACGAAACAUGAUUUCGAACGAAGUUAGUUUGAUUCGUGACAUUCGUGAGCGGGAGUUCAAGAUCUUCACCGAUGCUGGGCGUGUCUGUCGACCGCUCUUUGUGGUUGAUAAUGACCCUAAGAGUGAAAAUGCAGGAUCUUUGGUUCUCAACAAGGACCAUAUCCGUAAACUGGAACAGGAUAAAGACCUGCCAGCUGAUCUGGACAUGGAAGAACGCCGGGAGCGCUACUUUGGAUGGGAAGGCUUGGUCAGAUCCGGUGCCAUUGAGAUUGUCGAUGCGGAGGAAGAGGAAACUAUUAUGAUUGUGAUGACACCUGAAGACUUGGAGAUUUCCAAACAACUACAGGCAGGCUACGCUUUGCCAGAGGACGAGACAGCCGACCCCAACAAGCGUGUUCGCUCAAUUCUCAGCCAGCGCGCUCACACUUGGACUCACUGCGAGAUUCAUCCCAGUAUGAUUUUGGGUGUUUGUGCCAGUAUCAUUCCCUUCCCAGAUCACAACCAGUCGCCUCGUAACACCUAUCAAUCUGCCAUGGGUAAACAGGCCAUGGGUGUGUUUUUGACAAACUUUGCUCAACGUAUGGAGACCAUGGCGAAUAUUCUCUACUACCCCCAGAAACCACUCGCCACCACCAGAUCCAUGGAAUUCUUGCGUUUCCGUGAGCUGCCUGCUGGCCAGAAUGCUAUUGUGGCUAUUGCUUGUUACUCGGGAUACAACCAGGAAGAUUCAGUUGUUAUGAACCAGAGCAGUAUUGAUCGUGGUCUUUUCCGCAGUCUGUUCUACCGUACAUACACUGACUCGGAGAAGACGGUUGCCUUGUCUGUUGUGGAGAAAUUUGAGAAGCCCAUGCGAGCUGACACAAUUGGUAUGCGAAAGGGCACAUACGACAAGCUUGAUGAUGAUGGUAUUAUUGCUCCUGGUGUGCGUGUCUCUGGAGAAGACAUCAUCAUCGGUAAGACUGCUCCCCUUGCCCCCGAUGCUGAGGAGCUCGGCCAGCGUACCAAGGCCCAUACCAAGAUUGAUGUCUCGACGCCCUUGCGUAGCACUGAGAAUGGUAUUGUGGAUCAAGUCAUGAUCUCCACUGGUCACGACGGUCUCAACUUUGUGAAGGUCCGUAUGCGUACGACCAAGGUCCCACAGAUUGGUGAUAAGUUCGCUUCUCGUCACGGUCAGAAGGGUACUAUUGGUAUCACUUAUCGACAGGAAGAUAUGCCUUUCACUCGUGAAGGUGUGGUGCCUGAUUUGAUUAUCAACCCGCACGCCAUUCCGUCUCGUAUGACAAUUGCCCAUUUGAUUGAGUGUCAACUCAGUAAGGUGUCGGCGCUCCGUGGUUUCGAAGGUGAUGCUACUCCUUUCACUGACGUGACGGUCGACUCUAUUUCGCGUUUGCUUCGUGAGCAUGGAUACCAGUCUCGAGGAUUCGAGGUUAUGUACAAUGGAUACACUGGUCGUAAGAUGGUGGCGCAAGUGUUCUUGGGUCCAACAUACUACCAGCGUCUUCGUCACAUGGUCGAUGACAAGAUCCACGCUCGUGCUCGUGGUCCUACUCAGAUCUUGACCCGACAGCCUGUUGAGGGUCGUGCUCGUGAUGGUGGUUUGCGUUUCGGAGAGAUGGAGCGUGAUUGUAUGAUCGCUCACGGUGCCAGUGCCUUCUUGAAGGAGCGUCUGUUUGAUGUGUCUGAUCCUUUCCGCGUUCAUAUCUGUGAUGACUGCGGUCUGAUGACUCCUAUUGCUAAACUGAAGAAGGGCCUCUUUGAGUGCCGUCUUUGCAACAACAAGCACCGCAUCUCACAGGUCCAUAUCCCCUACGCCGCCAAGCUUUUGUUCCAAGAGCUGGCCUCCAUGAACAUUGCGGCUCGCAUGUUUACCGAUCGCUCUGGAGUGUCAGUGCGGUGA